ACUGGUUCCUCGUCUUCUUCAUUUCAUUUGCUUCGAUCAAAGCCAUCACGAAAUCAUGGCCCGCAGAGAACUAGUAGAUUCGUGCAACGGCUACUUGGAGCUGAAGCCGCACCAUGCAAGUCUGCUCGACCUUGUUCGAGUCUUGUUUUCGUCUCACAAAUCUUUAUCAACGAAAAAAUUUGUCGAGACCUCAGAUGCUAAUCAUCUGAAAGGUCUCGAGCUACGAUGGAUCGUUUUCAUAUCCCUCCUUGUUCAGAAGCUUCUUCUCUACUUGACGAAGCCAGUGGCUCGGACGGGGUAUGUUAUUGAGAUGGGGCUUAAUCUUCUCUCAAGCAAUGGAGGUUUUUGCCGGCUUUUGUUAAACACCUUGAAAGGAUCGGUAGUGAAACUUGAUAAAUCAUCAGCAAAGUUUGUGUCAGUGUUGGGAUACGUUGACACGAGAGUGGAAUUAGACAAAAACAUCAAAACAGCUGACGACAGAUAUGGUGCAGCACUUUCUAUUAUGGCUUCUAAAUUGGCCUACGAGUAUCAACCCUUUGCCCAAAGUGUAGUCACCGAUCACUGGAAGAUGGAAAUGUUGGGUUGGUUCAACUUCUGGAAUGAUUACCAGAAUCUAUAUUCAACAAAAGCCUUUAUGUUCAAAGACACCACCUCUAACCCUAACCUAAUAGUGGUGGCAUUCAGAGGAACUGAGCCCUUUGACCUAGACCAAUGGAGGACAGAUGUCGAUUUCUCAUGGUACGAGCUCCACGGCGUGGGUCGGAUCCACAGUGGCUUUUUGAAAGCCCUGGGCGUGCAGAAAAAAUCUGGUUGGCCCAAGGACAUAAUAGACGAGGGCUUGGACCAACAAUACGCUUACUACACCCUCCGGCAGAAACUCAAAGAGGAAUUAGAAAAGGAUAAAAACGUAAAGUUCAUACUAACGGGGCAUAGCUUGGGAGCGGCAUUAGCAAUUUUAUUUUUGGCAGGGUUAGUGUUACAUGAGGAGGAAGAGCUGUUGGAGAGCUUGGAUUGGGUGUACACUUAUGGGCAACCUAGGGUGGGGAAUGAGCAAUUUGGGAACUGGAUGGGGGAGAAAAUGAGGAUUCAUGAUGUGAAGUAUUUAAGGUAUGUUUAUUCCGCUGAUUUGGUGCCUAGAGUGCCCUAUGAUGAUCAAGCUGGGACCUUGUAUAAGCACUUUGGGCCUUGUCUUUGGGUCAACAGCUUCUACAGAGGGAAGGUUGUGUGGGAGGAACCAGACAAGAACUACUUCUCACUGUUAUGGGCAAUACCCAAGAUCUUAAAUGCUGUGUGGGAGCUGAUUAGGGGUUUCAUACUCCCAUACAUCUAUGGUCCAGUCUACCAAGAAAGUUGUGUUAUGAAACUGGUUAGGGUGUUUGGAAUGUUUAUCCCGGGGUUAGCGGCUCAUUGUCCUCAAGACUAUGACAAUGCCACAAGAUUGGGAUCCUUUCCUCCGGAAAUCCUUGACCAACAAGUUCUAAAUGGUAAACGUGACUAGGUCCAAUCUUCAAGGCGCAAGAAUUGAUGGAGGUGAGUGUAAGUUGGCCUGGACGGAUGGUUAUCAAGGAAAAAAACAUGAUCCACUAGUUCCUGCAUUCAUCUUUCUCCAUUUAUACCAAGUAGCUGAUGCUGAGUAACAGUGCUUAAUGGCCUCCCAAAGUUGGUUUUGGAGGUGUUCAUGAGUUGUGUUUGUAAGUAAGAUGUAGGCUUAUAUAAGUAUGUGUUUGUGUGUUUUGUAUCAAGUGUGGGGGAGGAGAGGAAGAGAGCAACAGAGAGAGAAGUGGGAGAGAGAAGCUGAUGUAGAACACGAGAAGACCCAAUUUCAUGAUCAAUUGGACCAAUCGUAGCCUCGGAAGUCCAAACAAUGCUUAAUUACAAAUUACCUAAUUUGGCAAAA